UUCUUCUAUCAUCCAACGAGUAUCUUCAAAGAAAGCAUCAUAAACACCAGUCUUAUUCUAUCAACUCGCCCAAAUAUUCAUCGCAAUGGCCGAACCGCCAUGUGGCGUUGAACUACCAGUCGAAUUGAACCAUCUCAUCCAACUCCAUUCUUCCAUGUUGUCUGCGCUAUCUUUACACUACGCACAUAAUGGAACAUCAGCACCCGUCGAUCUAACCAGUCUUGUUCCUUCAUUGACUCGACUUUAUCGCAAGCGAAAGGUCACUGUUGAUGAUAUACAGAUCUGUAUCGGCCAGCUACAGAGCUCAUCUGAAUGUUCCUCUCCCAGCAUCACGAAGCUUAGACUUACUGACUAUGGUCGGGGAAGGGUGUGCAUCGAACUUGACGGCGAACUCACGAGAGGUUCAGUUAUGGAUAGGCAAAUUGAUGAGGAUCGGCUACUUAAAGUCUUCGAGGAGGCUCUGAAAGGUAGCUGGUCUAGGUGGUCCGCUGCUCAAGUGCAGUCUGAAGUGGCCGAGGACGUUUCGAGCGGGCCGGAAUCUCCUAAGAAACGGAAGCGCACCAUUGAAGACGCCUCAAUCACUCCUCAGAAGCGCCGAAAAGGAACAUCAAUCUCGACAAAAAGUCACAACAUUACCAAAGCAAAGUCUGUGGAAGUCCCGUCUUCUGAGCAAGUUGCGUUGUUCAUUGAACAACUUCCGCGAGCAGUUAUAACCCUGAGUCCAUCACUAGAGGCACUCACCCCUUCCAAACGAAGAGGCGAGCUGCUCUAUGCAGAGCUCAAGUCGAAUGGCUCCAGGUCACCAUCAGCAAAACUGCCAAGUACACCGACAAAGAAAAUCAAAAACCUACCCUCGCCUUCGCCAUCUCCUUCUGCUUCAUCGCGCGGAUCCUCGCUUCUGGACCGCAUCCGAGCUAAGCAAGCAGCCGCUGCUGCGUCGCCAAAGAAGCAACUCUCCAAGCAGGAGCUUGCCCGAAAAGCAGCCCUUUCGCGAGCUUCAGAGGUCUUGGAUAUCAUCACUCUCAUCGCUCAAGAAAAGCGACGCGGGGACUCCACCGCUUCCAUGUCAUUAUCUAGUCUAGUGCAACAGGUUCAACAAUCAGUUCGUACUCCAAUCGGAGAGGAUGAGAUCUGCUGUGUAGUAGACACCCUCGCCGACAUAGCGCAGGAGUAUGUCAAGAUUGUCAGGACUGCUAGUAUGAGAUAUAUUACUAUAAACCAUCACUGCAAGCCUUCGACGAAGCUGUUGGAGGAGAGGAUAUCUACAGCGACGGCGUUAUUGACGUGAGACGUAGCAUGAGAAUUCAAGAUAGUUGUAAUCCUACUAAUAUGUCUAAUUCUGAAUGGUC